AUGGAGGCUAUUCCGAAGAAACAUGCCACUUCAGAAGUGGCAUGUAGGUUUCUUAAGGAGAAUAUAAUUUCCAGGUUUGGCAUCCCACAUAAAGUUGUGUCAGAUAAUGUAGCUGCCUUUUCCUCUUAUGAGGUAACCCAGUUCUAUUAUGAUUAUGGUAUCAUCUUGGCUCAUUCCUCUGAUUAUCAUCUUCAAGGUAAUGGUCAGGUAGAAUCAAGUAAAAAGAAUCUAGUUACCAUCACACGUAAGCUUGCGGAGGAAAAUCAGAGAUCUUGGCAUAAGGCUCUAUAUGAUGCUUUACGAGUAGAUAGAAUCACACCCAAAAGAGCUAUUGGCAUGUCACCACUCCAGCUGCUUUAUGGGAUGAACGCAAAAAUACCUAUUACUUUGGAUCUUCCCACUUUAAAGUUAGCUAAGGCAAUUGAAGAUGAGACAUUUGAAAAUGCCUUAGACAAAAGAAUAAUGUUUCUUUCUCAGUUAGAAGAACAACGAACACAAGUGGUAGACCGGAUUGCUGAUCAUUAG